AUGAAACAGCAGCAACAACCACCACGUGCCCAGCCUGCUCAACAAACUCAAUCACCUCAGCAAACUCAAACACAACUGCCCACCAACACGGUUACUUCACCUACAUCCACAUCAAGCAGGAGUUAUCCAAUGCACGAGGCAGCGUUCAAGGGCGAGCAUGACAAGAUAGUGUCAUUGUUGUUGUUUACUCAAGGCAAGGCUCCAAAGACACAGGGCACAAAUAUACCCAGCAGCGCAGCAACCAGCCAAAAGACUCAGCAACAUUUGCAACAACAGCAUCAGACGCAGUUGGACAUCGAGUCUAAGUAUGAGUUCUCUGGUGUCAACAGUCUAGAUGACAAGAAGACCACGCCAUUACAUCACGCCUCAUUCAAUGGACAUAAAUCAUGUGUGCGUAUGAUGUUGGCGUCUGGUGCUUACCCAGACAUCCAGGACAACGACGGCGGCACGCCUCUGCACAAUGCAUCAUUCAAUGGAUACUGGGGCAUCAUGAUGUUGUUGAUCGAAGCUGGCGCAGAUAUCAACUCGCGAGACGUCGACCUCAACACUGCACUCCAUAAAGCAUGUUACAGUGGCUUCCACAAGUGUGCCGAGCUCCUGAUACAACAUGGUGCCGAUAUAGAGGCCCGCGAUUGUCGCGGCGUUACACCGCUGCUCAAGGCCAUCGCGAACCAACAUCUGACAUGUCAGCAAUUCCUCAUGGAGAAGGGUGCUGACAUUAAUGCUUGCGACUACUCGGACGCCACCGCGCUGCACAUGGCCGCUUACAAGGGUGGUGAGAAAGGAGUCCGUCUGCUUCUGGAGAAGGGUGCGCAGGUAAAUGCCGUCGACAAAGAAGGUUACACAUCACUGCACAAUGCAGUGUUCAAUGGAUACGAGGAGAGUGCACGACUACUCCUAGAUCAUGGAGCAAUAAUCGAUCACAGGUCACUGGAUGGCUGUUCACCACUUCACCUAGCUGCAGCCAAUGGCUACAGUCAAUGCGUUAAACUAUUAAUUAGACGUGGAUGUAAAUUGGAUCAAAGGGAGGAGAAGAGAAGUAGAUCAGCACUUCAUCUUGCCGCUGGAAAGGGCAAUGUAGAAUGUGUGGACAUGUUGUUAAAGGCUGGAAGCGAUCCAAAUGCAAAGGAUAUUUAUGGAAAGACUCCAAAGAAUUUGGCCAAGAAUCCAGAAGUGAUCACCCUGUUGACAACAUAUGAGGAGUUGAAGAAACGAUCAAAGAGUAAGAGUGCAAUGAAGAGUUCAGAUACUUCCGAGUCGAUAUACAUGAUGGAGAACAAUAUUGUCACAGGUUUACCAGUCUCCAUUUCAUCGACCUCAACAAAGACACCUGCACUCAGCAACUCAUCAUCCUCGGAGCAACAACAGCAACAGCAACAACAGCAGCCACAGACGAGUAUUAGCCACUCCACUAGUAAUCGCUCUUCCAAGACCUCAAUGGGUGAAUCGGAUGGCAUGUCCAACUUGACACCAGCUCACUCAAUUGUGCUCAAAGAGGAAGGAGUUGCCAUAUCACCACCAGCAUCAUCAACUUCCCAAUCAUCUCCUCCACACUCAACCAAUGGCUCCUUGUCACGUACUGCCUCUUUCGACUCGUUGACAGCGUCAUCCGCCAGUGAUGUCAAAGACCAGGACCCAGCCAAACUGGACAUCUAUGGCUUUGUCAAGACGCCAAACACCACCAGCACACACGCCGAUGACUUUGUUCGCACCAAGAAGACCGAUCAACAGGAGCGAAAAUGGGCCAAGAUGACCAAGAACUGGCCAAAGUUUGCCAAGUCAACCAAGUUGAGGGACAGACUGCCCAAGGGUAUCCCGAGCAGUGUCCGUGGCUUUGUCUGGCAACGUCUGGUCAACAUUCAGGAGAUCAAGAACAAGUCCAAGGUCACGUACAGGGAGUUACUCGAGAUGAAAGCACAGCCAUCAGUCGUCGCUCAGAUCCAACGGGACAUCAGCCGCACAUUCCCCAAGCACAGCUUCUUCAUUGAGAAGGGUGGAUACGGCCAGCAGAUCCUAUCCAACAUUCUGACGGCGUUCUCCAUCUACAACCCCGAGGUUGGAUAUUGUCAGGGCAUGGGAUUCAUCACAUGUUUGCUCAUAAUCUACAUGGCAGAGGAGGAUGCCUUCUGGGUGCUUGUCCAGCUUUCCGAAAAGUAUGGCAUGUCCAACAUGUGGCGUCCAGAGUUCCCCUACCUCCAGAACUCCUUUGUACUUCUAAACCAAAUGCUCGAGGGCCAAUUCCCACAACUAUAUUCACAUAUUCAAAGACAGAAUGUUUUCACGCCACUAUUCUCUUCACAAUGGUUCAUAUGCCUGCUUAUAUAUAAUCUACCAUUCCCAAUGAUCGUUAGGAUAUGGGACUUGUUCCUCUAUGAUGGCUUGGUAGUGAUCUUUGCCGCGGCUCUAGCACUCUUCAAGACGUAUGAGGACCAGAUUAUGAAGUUGGAGUUUGAAGAGAUACUCAACUUGCUCAAGUUCUCCAAUGGAGAAGACAAGUCCCCAAUGAAAGUGGACAUCAACGCCUUUAUGAAGUUGGUCGUUCACUAUAGGAACAAGAUCAGACACUUUGUAACCGAGCACCAGAUCCCUGAUCCACACACCUAUGUUGCCCCAGCUAGCGGUGGUAUCAGCAAAGACAAGGAGAAGGAAAAGGAUAAGGAAUAA